AUGCCUUGGUUGCGCUACCUGCGGAACAGCACCUACUACCACUUCUUCCGCAAGGCUCCACCGGUCGAGGAGCUCCACCAAGCCUCCAGUUACUGGGCCGCCUCCCAGUUGGGCGUCGUUCAUCAAAACCCCACGCUGCGCAGCGUGUGGCUGAUCCGCAACUGCCUGGAUCUGCAGGGCCGUGGGAAGCUGCUGAGCUUGGUGCGGCGGCUCUCAACCGGCGCUGGUGGCGCUGGUGGCUGGUUUGGCUACGAGCUGGGCCGCUGGAUGAUGCCGCUGCACGCCCUGCCGGCCUUGGACGAGGCGCCACAUCCACCGGGCUGUGGAUUGGUGGAGGGCUUGGAUGUCUUUGGGCCGCAGCAGCAGAGGGUUGCUGCGGCACCGGAGAAGUGGCUGAGGCUCGGAAAGCUUAGGAAAGAGCAGGUGAUGGGAGCUGAGGAGAUGUACCAGUUGCAAGAAAUGCUGCCACAAAGGAUCGCCGCCUUCCAGCAGCAGCGCUGCCUCUUCAUCCAGCUGCAACGCCUGGAACCGGGCGCGGAGGUCACGGCGCACCGUGAUGCGCUGCCCUAUGGGGGCGACCGCAUCGCCACGGUAGUGCUGGAAGGAAGCAGCCAGGUGAGGGUAGGCAGUCAGACCUUCCAGGUAAAUGCGGGUGAUUGCUAUGCAAUCGCGGAUGAAGCCAGAUAUGUGGUUGAGCACGAGGUGAAGGCUGCUUCGUGCGAUCGACUGAGUUUGACCUUUCGCUAUGGACUGAGCAAUUUGAAGGUCCUACCUGCCAUGCCUGGAGAAGAGCUUCGGGCUGCUGACAGGGGAGGUGCACCUUCCACGUACAGCACCAAAGUGGCUUGCAGUGGCACUGGCGGCUUUUCUUCGGACAAGCCAGUAUGCUAUGGUGGCAAUAUCCUCUUUCAGUCCUAUACCUUGGAGAUCACCAACUUUGAUGGUUCUGACGGUGAAUGUCUCCAAGUAAGACCCUGUGACUUGCUUUUGACACCAACCUCAGGUGCGACUGCUUUGUUUCAAAGCACAGGAUCCAUGGAGCAGGCGCUGCUCAAAGGCGUGGUGAACAUGCAUGCGGAUGGUGCAGUGUCAGGGAAGUGCGAUGGUGCUCAAUUCCAGAGCAGUGACAAUAUGAUCACCAUUGAGAACGACAACGGAUGUGGCAUUGGCGCUAUGGGCCUGGAGUAUAAGGUGAUGUACUGCCCGGAUCAGGACCAUGUCAUCGUGAAUGUGAUGAAGCCGUUCGAUGCGCGCGUGGUCCUCAAGAGUCAGACGUGCCCAGAUGCUGGCGAGGUCUAA